AUGAAGUUCCUGAUUGCUGCAGCUAUCUUCAGUGCCGCGGUAGCAGCUGUCGUGGCUGGAGGAUUGGGUGGUGUAUAUGGAGGCGGCUUUGGAGGUGGCUACGGAGGCGGCUUCGGUGGCGGCUACGGAGGCGGCUUCGGAGGUGGCGGCGUCGGCCUGGGAAGCAGUGUUGUCCUUCUCAACGGCGGAGGCGGUGGCUACGGCAAGGCCGUUGCUGGACCAGCCUUCCUGGUCAGAAGCGUUCACCACGUCAACAAGAUUAGCAGCGGAGGCGGUAUACUGGCUCACACUGGAUUGGGUGGCGGCUACGGAGGAGGCUUUGGAGGUGGAUUCGGAGGUGGAUACGGCGGUGGAUUCGGCGGUGGUUUCGGCGGUGGAUACGGCGGUGGAUAUGGCGGUGGAUAUGGCUACGGAGGCGGCGGCGUAGGCCUGGGGGGAAGUGUUGUCCUUCUGAAUGGCGGGGGCGCUGGCUACGGCAAGGCCGUUGCUGGACCAGCCUUCCUGGUCAGAAGCGUUCACCAUGUCAACAAGAUUAGCAGCGGGGGUGGUAUACUGGCUCACACUGGAUUGGGCGGCGGCUACGGAGGAGGCUUUGGAGGUGGAUUCGGCGGUGGGUACGGCGGUGGUUACGGCGGUGGAUACGGCGGUGGAUACGGCGGUGGAUACGGCGGGGGAUACGGCGGUGGCAAACAUUGA